CUCAGAGAGAAGAAUGGCACGCAUGAUGACGCUGGAUGAGCAACAGAAAGAAAGCCAGUAAACAGAGAGAGAGGGCGGGGCCACAUAGAGGGAGCGGCUGAGCUGAUAUUCGCCGUCGCUGGGCUGCACGCUUCUUUUUGGCCGGUUAACCUCCUGUUGGUCCACCAUACGCCAUAGAUGGGUGAUCCAGUGACCCUGGAGUCUGCCGCCUCUCCUGGUGUUACAGCAGUGCCCGCAGUGCUAGCUGCAGAAAACCAAGAUGGUGCUAAAAGCCAGCCGUCUAACAAGAAUGGGAAGAAGGCCGACUCCAGUGGCAGCAGCUUCUUCACCUGGUUCAUCGUGUUGGCCCUGCUGGGCGUCUGGACGUCUGUAGCUGUGGUCUACUUUGACCUGGUUGACUAUCAGGGAGUUCUUGAUAAGGCUAAGGGCUUACAAAUUAACCUGUCUGAAGCAUUGCAAGGUAAACUGGUGGCGUACGACACAGACGGCGACGGAGAUUUCGAUGUCGAGGACGCAAAAGUUCUGCUAGAUGAAAAACCUGGAUGUGCGCCUGGGGGAGGAGCUAAGAAAGAAAGCUCUCCAAAGAAUGUGGGCUCGAAGCUCCGAGAGGCUCUAAAGCAGCAGGUCGCCAUCAUCCAUGAACGCAUGGAGGCCAAGAAGCUCGCCAAACUGGCUCUGGCUGAAGUCCGAGAGCUCCUAGCCAAAGAGGAGCAGGAGAAGGAGCUCGAGAUGGGGAGGAAGGAGAUGUCAGCCAGGGUGAAGGAGAGGGUGGCUAUGAGGCUGAAGGAGGAGGAGGACAGGCUGGAGAAAGAAGAGAUGGAGAGGGCUCUGGAGAAGCUACGAAAAGAAAAAGCAAAAGGGACAGAUGAGGAGGAGGGAGGGGAGAAGAGGAUAAAGAAAGGAGCGGAAAAAGACGAGAAGCCUGAGAAAAAGGAGGAGGGGCAGGGAAAGAAAGAACGGGAGGAGGCAGGCAAAGAGUCUGCAGCUGAAAAGAGAAAGAAGACUAAGGCAGAGAAACCUGACAAAGGGAAAGUCGAGUAGUGCUCAAACACAGUCACAUGAUGCUGAGUAUCUGCUCACAGCGGCUGGAGCCACAAACAUCAUUCACUGCUUCUUCUAUUCAGUCAGGCCGUGUGUCUGUAGUUUAGUCUGCACUGCUGCUGUUAACCUCACAUAGUUCAGCUGCUUGUCUGCAAUAAGGACAGUCAGCACCUACUGUGAGCUGGUCCUGCAGACGAGCAGGGACCAGGUAACGCAGCAUGGUGAGUGUGUCU